AUGAAAAGCUCUGUUAAACACGUAAUGGGCCAGGACAAUGACAAUGUUCGAUUUAAUCUUCGAUUAUACCUUCGUCAUUGUGUUAGAUCGUCGUAUUAUGUUUCAUUCAUCAAAUGUACAGAUUCAACAUGCAUUCAUUGUACACGACAUCCGGUGAGAGCAACCAAAACAGUUAAACUUCUCCGAUCAGGCGGAGAUUACUUACCAUGGCCACAAAAGACGUUUAGCAAAUACCAUUAUGAUACGUUCUUACAACGAACACAUGCGAUACUCGCUGGUGAAAAAAAUAUUGUACCAGAUCAGCAAUUACCAUCAGGACGGACGAAACGAUGUUUAGAAUGUAAAUUACCAUAUAUCUUUUCGUCCAAAGCUGAUGAAGAACGACAUAUGGUGUGGGUACAUUGGUCUAAUGUAUUACCUAAUAAAAAACGAAAACAUUCACCGACACCGAAAUCAAAGUCUGUAUCUAAAUCAAAACAACGAAUUACUAGAAAACGUGAGCUUUCUCCUGAAUACUAG